GAUAUUCGUGCAAUGCCUAAAAUUACUGAUAUGCUAGAUGAAGAAAAGAGAAUUGCCGAUACUGUACUUUUCAAGAAAGGGGGUCUUGAAAUUCUGACCAAUACAAUUCCGCAUAAGAGUCGAAUUAUUAAGACAAACAUUCUUGUUGAUACUGGAAUGACAAAAGAAGGUUAUUCAACCAUUGACUUUCCAGCACCAUUGCUUCGAGCAACAUAUCUUCAAAAUCGGUUUG